AUAAAAUGCAAGAGAGCAGUGAUAAUUUCUAAGAUUCAUAAAGUUAAAGUUCAGAAUAAAGAUAAAAAGGAAGUGUGCCAUCUUUUUUGGUUAGACUGUUCGAUAUUAUGGACGUAUUAUCUAAUAAUUCACAAUAGAAUGAAGAUCUAAAAGAUAUAAUUGGAUGGAAUACCGAAGGAAAUGCAUUCAUUGUAAGAAAUCAAUAACUACUGGCUGAUAAAAUAUUGCCAAAAUAUUUCAAACAUAAGAAUUAUCCUAGCUUUUUAAGGUGAAUUUUAUUCUAAAUUUUAGAUAGCUCAAUAUGUAUAAUUUUAAAAAAAGCAAAGCUGACGAGAUUAAUUAAAAAUUUGAACAUAAAUGGUUUAGAAGGGAUGGAAGAGCCUUGUUGACUAAUAUUAAAAGAAGAAAUUAGGAAGAAAAUGAUGAUAAAGAUGUUUUAUAUAUAUUAAGAAUCUUAGGAAAUUCCACAAAUAGUUGAUGAAAUUGAGCAAUUUAAGAAAGCUCAAAAGGAACUUAAAAAUGAGAUUUAAGCCAUUGCUGAUAGUUAAAAAUAACUAUAAAUAGCACUCUAAUAAAUUAUGCAAUAAAACGAAACAUUGUUUUAGGAAAGUCAACAACUAACUCAAGAACUAUCGAAUAUGCAAUCGAAAAAUUAACAGCGAUUCGCUAACUAUUCCAAUAUUCUAACUGAGAUUGUUCAAAGGUUAUAAUAAGAAUAAGAAGAAGAAUUAAGUAUUUCAGAUUGAUUAUUCUAGGAAAUAGAGAUAAUUCAUAGCCAUAGUUAUUAGGAGAAUAAAAAAAGAAUAGUGUUAUAUAAAUAAAACAAGAAUAACCUAGUCAAUAAUAAUAGUUUUUCUCUCAAUAGCAAAAUAAUUUAUCCGCAAAUUCUCUAUAAUUUUUAAUGAAUAUGAGUGCAAAUAAAAAUGCGUUUAAUUUUUAGAUGUUUUCAUAAUUAAAGAACUAGUAAAUGAACAUGCAAAUGUUCUAAAAUGGAUCUACGCAAUCACCAUAAAAUGAUGUUAAGAAGAACGAAAUCAAAAAGGAAAGUGAAUAAUGA